AUGGCUGCAGACGAGAAAGCUCGAUUGACUAUUGCAAAGAGGAGAAUCGCGAUGUUCUCGCCGGUGGAAUGCGGGACAAGGCGGCUGUGCUACGAGGAGCCACUGCCAGAGCGCAACAACGAGUACAUAACGAACUUCCACCUGGCAGUGACGCAGACACAAACAAGCAGGGCCGACGUUGUUCCGUUCCGGGCCGUGCUUCUCCGCGCAACAUCUCGAGUUCGCGACUUCCUUCGCGAGCAGCAACAAAGCUGCGAUGGGCUUUUGCAGCUGAUUGUCCUGGGCCAAGCUGGUGCUCAUCUUCACCAAGCCAACAGCAACAGCAACAGCAACAGCAACAGCAACAUGGCGACGGUGCGAAUCUGCGUUUGCGGAGACGAGGGGACUGGCAAGUCGAGCCUGAUCACGUCGCUGGUCAAGGGCGUCUUUGUCACCAACAAGAUCCAGCCGGUGCUGCCCCAGAUAACAAUUCCCCCGACCAUUGGCACCCCGGAGAAUGUGACCACCACGACCGUUGUCGACACCUCGGCCCUGCCGCAGGAGCGAGGGAACCUGGCCCGCGAGAUUCGCAAGUCGAAUGUGAUUCUUCUCGUCUACUCGGACCACUACAGCUACGAACGAGUCGCCCUCUUCUGGCUCCCGCAUUUCCGCUCCCUCGGCGUGAACGUCCCCGUCGUGCUAUGCGCCAACAAAUCCGAUCUCGGCACCGAGGCUAGCGAUGCCCAAGUCGUCGAAGAGGAGAUGCUGCCGCUGAUGGCAGAGUUCAAGGAAAUCGACUCAUGCAUCCGCUCGAGUGCGCGGGAACACCGCAAUGUGAACGAGGCGUUUUUCCUCUGUCAAAAGGCCGUGACACACCCUAUCGCGCCCCUUUUCGACUCGAAAGAGUCGGUUCUCAAACCGGCCGCGAUUGCGGCUUUGCAACGUAUCUUUUACCUGUGCGACAAGGACCGAGAUGCGUAUCUGUCGGACAAGGAGAUUGAGGAUUUCCAGAUGAAAUGCUUUGGCAAGCCUUUGAGCCAGGAGGAUCUGGUCCACAUCAAGGAAACAAUCCAAAAGACAUAUCCCAACUCUGUGACCUCCACUGGGAUUACGUUGGACGGCUUCCUGCAUUUGAACAAACUAUAUGCCGAAAAGGGCCGUCAUGAGACCGUGUGGAUUAUAUUGCGAACAUUCCAAUACACCGACAAUCUGUCGUUGCAGGAAACAUAUCUUCACCCGAAAUUCGACGUUCCUCCUUUUGCCUCGGCAGAGCUUUCCCCGGAAGGAUACCGUUUCCUGGUCGACCUGUUCCUGCUCUCUGACAAGGACAACGAUGGUGGGUUGAAUGAUUCGGAGCUUGCAUCAUUGUUUGCCCCGACGCCUGGCUUGCCCAGCUCGUGGACAGACGGUUCAUUUCCGUCUUGCACAGUGCGCAAUGAAUCCGGGCACGUCACUCUUCAGGGCUGGCUGGCCCAGUGGAGUAUGACUACUUUUACAUCACCCAAGACGACUCUCGAGUAUCUAGCAUACCUAGGGUUUGAAUCAUCAGACCGCAACAAUCCCAGUACAACGGCCGCUCUCAAGGUCACCAAACCACGCAAGCGUCGGCGCCGGCCUGGUCGAGUUGGCCGGAAUGUCGUCCUCUGUCAUGUUCUGGGGGCUCCUGGUUCAGGAAAAUCGGCCUUGCUGGACGCUUUUCUGUCCCGUGGAUUUAGCAAUACAUACCACCCUACGAUCCAGCCACGGACGGCAGUCAACACUGUUGAAUUGCCCGGUGGGAAACAAUGUUACCUCAUUCUCGACGAACUUGGCGAGCUAGAGCCGGCUUUGUUGGAGAACCAGACCAAGCUCCUGGACCAGUGCGACGUGGUGGCUUACACUUACGACUCUUCCGACCCCGACUCUUUUGCUUACAUCACCAGGCUGCGUGAAAAAUACCCUCAUUUGGAGGAGCUACCUAGCGUGUUCCUAGCGCUAAAGGCAGACUUGGACCGCACCACGCAGCGGGCUGAAUGCCAACCGGAUGAAUACAUUGCUCGCCAGGGGUUGGCCGGCCCUCCGCUCCAUGUCAGCGCGACUUGGUCCUCCAUCCAGGAGGUUUUUGUCCACAUUGCAGAAGCGGCGAUGGAGCCCAGCACGACGUUUCCACGCACGACGGAGGAGCUGGACAACAAGUGGAUGGGCUGGGGCAUUGCCAUUGGCGCUGUUGUGUGCGCUGGAGCUGCUGCUGGCAUGAUAUGGCGCCGUGUGAGCGGUGGUAGCUAG